GGCAUACAGACAAGUACAGACUGUGUCUAUGACUGGGACAGGGGAUGAUGCUAACACCCCCUCUUUCUCUCAGUUUCCAUCGCAACAUGCAUCCUACAGCUUUCAUUGCCAUCUUGGCCGUGCUGCUGAGUGGUGCGCAGGCUCGGGACGGCGAAGACUGGAAUGACAUUCGGUUGGUCGGGGCACGAAGUCCGUACAAGGGGCGUGUGGAGGUCAAGGUCAACGGACGCUGGGGCAGUGUCUGUGACGACGACUGGUCCGUCUACGAUGCGGUAGUGGCGUGUCGUCAGCUUGGCUUCAGCGGCCUCGCAAAGGCACAACCUGGAGGGACGUACGGCGAGGGGACCGGCCCCGUCUUCCACACCAAACUCAAGUGCACGGGGAACGAGUCACGCUUGUCCGACUGUCACGGGCAACAUGAUCCUGCAGUCAUUGACUGUUCUCACCAGGAAGACGCUGGUCUCACCUGCACCACCCCUCAACCCAGGUUAACAGCCACAAACUGCAGCGCCAACCAGUUCCUGUGUCGGCGGAAGAAUACAUGCGUGCCGCGGAGGUGGAUGUGUGAUGGGGACAAUGACUGUGACGACAACACCGAUGAGUCUGAUGUCAUGUGCGCAUCUCCGACCGACCUGCUGCUCAGUGUCCACAGUGUACGUUUGGCCGAUGGAAACACGCCCUCUAGCGGUCGAGUGGAACUCUAUUUCUCUGGAAGUUGGGGCACCGUCUGUGACGACAACUUCGACAUGAAAGCCGCAACUGUUGUGUGCAUGCAGCUGGGCUACAGGGCUGCCGAGGCCUACAACACAAGACUUCCGGGCCAGGGCAAGAUAUGGUUAGACCAGGUCACUUGUCGAGGCACAGAGGCGUCCAUCGUCAGCUGCUCUAGGAAUCCGUUUGGAUCACACGACUGUAGCCACAAGGAGGACGUCAGCGUCGUCUGUGCCGACAACAACACCUCCCACCACGACCGUACACCUGUACUCACUACCACCGGAUCGCCAAAAGUGUGCGGAACGUCGGUAUUUACGACGACACUGUUUGACGUACCAGCUGGUCACAUGACCAAGAAGGGGGCGUGGCCAUGGCAAGCUUCACUGCGCGUGACGACAGACUACAGCCACACACACCACACCUGUAGCGGUGCCCUGAUCUCUCCACAGUGGGUCCUCACAGCAGCAGGGUGCUUCAGCAGGAAUGAGAAUCCGGCUUCCUGGCGAGUCCGGCUGGGGGAGCAUGACAUCGAUGUGUGGGAACGCACGGAACAGGAGCUGUACGUCUCCAGGGUGUACGUCCAUGACGGCUUCAAACCGCAACAAUACGGGAACGAUCUGGCACUUGUCAAACUGCAACAUGCCGUCAGCCUAAACAGCGACUACAUCAACACCAUCUGUCUACCUGACGACGAUGACGACGAUGUCGACCCUAAGGACCGAUGUGCGACCACUGGCUGGGGGAAACAGAAUGGGCAAGGUCACGUGGUCCUGAAGGAGGCGAAUACACAAGUAGAAGGCAGCUGGAGAUGCAGCGGUUGGUUCCAGGAAACUGUCGGUCCAGGGAUCAUCUGUGCUGCCUCCAACACUACAGACAAGAGGAGCACGUGUCAGGCCGACACUGGCGCACCAUUCGUGUGUUACCGGGCCGGAAGAUGGCGACUAUUUGGACUGGCGUCGUGGGGAGCCGGAUGUGAGCAGCCUGGCGAACCUCGUUUGUACACUCGCGUCAAGUCCUACCUGGCCUGGAUCGCUCGUGUGAUGGAAACAGACACGAGGAACAAUAAAAUACCGCACAGUGUCAGUCACCUGAAGCCGACUCUGAUGGACAUAUUAACUUUACUACUCCUGAGUCAGCUGACCACGUGGUCUACAGGCUUCUUGCUGGACUGUCUCGGGAACGAGGUGAAGUGUGGUGGGUCUGGGCGAUGUGUGCCUCACGUCAAAGUCUGCGAUGGCAACAACGACUGUGCAGAUGGCGAGGACGAGCGUGGCUGUUCAAUGACCGUAAUAUCGGGGUGCGGAGACGCAGGUAUAUACGACACCCCUCACGGCUUCCUGCACAGCAUCAACUACCCGGCUGCAUACAACGACGACAUCGACUGCUGGUGGGACCUGUACACUCCGAACGGCACUCAUCUGGAAUUAUUCUUCACCGGCGUCUUCAGCAUCGAACCUGAUCCCCAUGGUUACUGUCGCUAUGACUACGUGACCAUACGUGAUGUCACAAACAGUAAAGAGCUAGGUCAGUUUUGCGGAAAUACCCGACCCAGCAACAUCACCGUCGACGGAAAGCACGUGCGAGUGAAGUUUCAUAGCGACAAAUCUCAUAACUUCACUGGGUUCCAACUCGAAUGGCAACGGGUGCAGUCAGUUGCAACCACUACCCCGGCGGUGGACAUCAUACAAUCCGCUGGGUAUAGCAACACGUCGUCAUGCGCUCACGACGUCGUCCUCACCUCACGCUCUGGUUACAUCCUCUCACCCGACUUCAACCUCCACCACAACUACCCACCGCAGCUACACUGUGCCUGGACCAUCAGGGCUGAACAGGGAGCAUUCAUUGUGCUAGACUUCAUGUUCUUUGAGGUGGAGUUCACUGAUCGCUGCAACGCCGAUGCUGUGACAGUGUACGACGGCGUUGACGACAAUAGCACCGUCAUCAGUGUACUAUGCGGGAAGACGCUGCCAGGAGAGCUACUCUCCUCAUCUAAUCACCUUCAUGUGACCUUCACAACAGACAAGGGUAUUGAAGGUCAUGGAUUCAAGAUUAAAUACACUGUCAUCGGAAAGGACACGACAACGUCUCCCGUACCCACGACACCACCGCCUGGAUGUAGGGGCACGACGUUGUCCGUCACAGGCUAUCAGAGUGGAGUUCUCACAUCACCCUGGUUCGAUGGUGCACACUCCUACGUCCCCCAUCUCGACUGCCGCUGGGUGAUACAAGCACCCCCGGGCCAGGUUGUCACAAUGCACUUUAACCAGUUCGAGGUGGAAUUCUCAGCAAACUGCAGUUACGAUGCCCUGGUUAUAUACGACGGAAGUAACACAACCUCCAGCCUACUGGGUAAUUUGUGUGGGAUCCGCAAACCACAUGACCUGACGUCUAGCGGAAGUGACGUAUUUCUGACCUUCACCUCAGAUGAUGCAGUUGGCGGAAUUGGAUUCAACAUCACUUAUACAGUCCAUGAUCCUAUACCAACGUGUUCCGGUUUCACCUGUUCCGACGGCUCCUGCGUCUCCAACACCGUGGUCUGUGACGGUAAGCCGGACUGCAACGAUGGAAGCGAGGAGCUCGUGUGUGCGGACAGUCUCACCUGUGGGCGACCAGUUAUCUCCCCUGAUUUGGAUUCCCACCGUAUCGUGGGCGGGAAGGCGGCGGUUGCGGGAAGUUGGCCGUGGCAGACAUCGUUGCAGGAGAUGAGCGUUCAUCAGUGUGGAGGGAGCAUUAUCCACCCUAUGUGGGUCCUCACAGCGGCCCACUGUUUCCAAAAUCCAGAUGACGCAAGUGAUUGGACAGCGGUUGCCGGGAGACAGCGUCUCCAAGGGAACGAGUCAACAGAACAGAUUCGCCAAGCGGAGGCUAUUUACGUCAACGACGACUACGACGUGUACACCUCAGUCGCAGACAUCGCCCUCGUCAAACUGGACGCACCCUUCAACGUGACGUCGCACGUGCAGCCUGCGUGUCUUCCACUACAAGCAGCACGUGUUGGGGCCGUGUGCUACGUCACCGGGUGGGGAGAAACACGAAACACGUGUUGUGAGAACGAGCUGAAGCAGGCGGCCGUCCCGGUGUUGCCGACAUCCACGUGCAACAGAAAUGACUGGUACCACAAUGAGAUCUACGACGACAUGUUCUGCGCCGGGUACACACAGGGCGGUACUGACGCCUGCCACGGGGAUUCCGGGGGACCUCUAGUGUGUUACCAGGCCGGCAGGUGGCAGCAGGAGGGCAUCACGUCGUGGGGGGCCGGCUGUGCAGACCCGAAGAACCCUGGCGUGUAUGUCCGCGUGUAUAACUACACCCGCUGGAUCCAGGAGACGAUAGCAUCUCACAUCUCCAGCUGACGACCGGCGGAUGUCCAGCUGCCACUGCGGCUCGUUGUGUAAGGCGAUCGUAUAGUCCCGGCCGCUGUAAAUAGAAUCACCAAAUAUAGCUAAUAAUAACUGACAUGGACAGAG